UUCCCCGAGCGCCCACCCCCUCCCGGGCUCGGACAGGUCACCUCCCAUCCGCCUCCAGCAGGGUCGCGGCUGGCUGGACUCGGCCCUUUUCCCGCCCACCUUCCCUCUCCCACCUCCACCGCCGGGGAGGCUUGGCAACAGUUGCUAAGGCCCCUCCCUCCCCAGCUGCGCGCGUCACUUCCGCCUGCGACCCCCUCCUCGCUCCGUCCCCCCCGCCCGCCAGCGCGCGCGCACGCUUGGUCCAGGCAUGUGCACGACGCCUGCUCCCUUCUGGGGGGCGGGGGUGGGCCGGCGGCUUGGGGACCACCAUGGCCCCCAGUCACCUGUCAGUGCGGGAGAUGAGGGAAGAUGAGAAGCCCCUGGUGCUGGAGAUACUGAAGGCUGGCAUUCAGGACACAGAAAAUCGCGUGGCCCUCCAUGCUCUGACACGCCCACCGGCCCUUCUCCUCCUGGCUGCCGCCAGCAGCGGCCUGCGUUUCGUCCUGGCCUCUUUCGCUCUGGCCCUCCUGCUGCCUGUGUUUCUGGCUGUGGCUGCACUGAAGCUGGGCCUGCGAGCCCGGUGGGGCUCCCUGCCUCCACCAGGUGGCCUGGGGGGGCCCUGGGUGGCAGUACGGGGCUCUGGUGACGUGUGCGGAGUCCUGGCCCUGGCCCCUGGCACCAACUCAGGAGAUGGGGCUCGAGUCACCCGCCUCUCUGUCUCUCGCUGGCAUCGUCGGAGAGGGGUGGGCAGGAGGCUGCUGGCUUUCGCCGAGGCCCGGGCUCGAGCCUGGGCCGGGGGCAUGGGAGAGCCCCAGGCGCGGCUGGUGGUCCCUGUGGCGGUGGCUGCUUGGGGAGUGGCAGGCUUACUGGAGAGCUGUGGCUACCAGGCUGAGGGGGGCUGGGGCUGCAUGGGCUACACUCUGGUGAAGGAGUUUAGCAAAGACCUGUGACCGUAGGCCACGCCUUCUGGGGCCGUGAACCCGCCCCUGCUGUGUAUCCCUUCCUCCAGCUCACUCAGGCCCUGGACCAAGGCCCGCAGCAAGGUGCUGGAAGAGACUCGCUACUCAGCAGCCAGCCUGCCAGGUGCAGCAUGGUGUCUGAACUCACCGUCGAAUGAAUCCUUUUCCCUUUUUGGCCCUCAGGGACCAUCAGACGUCAACUUGUCCUGUCCCUGCUUCUGAUUCUGUCUGCACUGAGAGCUCUCCCUGGUAAUAGGUCUGCAAAGCCAUGUUCUGUGUGGGGAGGGCAAAGUGGAUAUGUGAGUUUACCCCAAGAAUUAGCAUCUGUGGCAGGGUCCCCCCCCCCCCGGGGGACGGGCCUUCUGGGAGUGGGUGGAGGUGGGGGAGGCACAGGGCCUCCAGGCCCAUCUGGUUUUUUUUUUUUUUAAACACCAUUUGUUAAUAAAGCCUGAAGCUGCUGUAA